AUGGUGUAUGCAUCACUUCCCAAUGGCAUCCGCGUGUUCUACCGCGAGGCAGGAUCGUCAUCCAACCCGACCUUUCUCCUGCUGCACGGAUUCCCGACCUCUUCUCACCAAUUCCGCAAGAUCAUGCCUCUUCUGGCAAAGAAGUAUCAUGUGAUCGCCCCGGAUUUGCCAGGCUAUGGCUUCACUGAAAUCCCAACGGAGCUGAACUUCGAGUACAGCUUUGCCAACCUCGCCACAACCAUCGGAUCGUUCCUCGACGUGCUUGAGAUCAAGAAGUUCGGAGUGUACAUUUUCGACUAUGGUGCACCAACAGGCUUGCGUAUUGCCUUGGAGCGUCCUGAAGCCAUUUGGGCGAUAGUGGCGCAGAAUGGAAACGCAUAUGAAGAAGGUCUGGCUGAGUUCUGGGACCCAGUCAAGGCAUAUUGGGCAACAGCGAAAGGAUCGCCUGAGGAGAAGGAAUACCGUCGGUUAAUCACCGAUGCCGUACUCGGCCUUGAACCAUUCCGCCAACAAUACGUGCAAGGCGAGCCUGAGGCAGACAAGAUCGACGACCCUGCCGCUUACUACCUGGACUGGGCCUUGGUGUCGCGACCAGGUAAUCUUGAGAUCCAACUCGACCUACUCAAGAAUUAUGCCACCAAUGUUGAGCUCUACCCUAAGUUCCAGGAGUAUCUCCGCAAGAGCCAGGUGCCUUUGCUGGCCGUCUGGGGCAAGAAUGACAUCUUCUUCCCCACUCCUGGAGCAGAAGCUUACAAGAAAGACUUGCCUAACGCAAAGAUUGUGUUGUUAGAUGGAGGGCAUUUCCUCGUAGAAAGCCACACCGAGGAAGUGGCCGAACAUAUCCUGGACUUCUUCAGCGAUAGUGGUUUGUGA